GAAAGGGCUAUGUUGUUGGAGACCACUCCCCUUUAGCAGACUGCAGACAUCAGACGUCAUCUGUAAACAGGAAGCAUUGAAUCGGGUGAGAAAGUUUCUUAUGUUCUGGCUGAAAUAACCAAUCAUGGGGAAAAGUUGCAAAGUAGUGGUAUGCGGCUUGACUGCUGUUGGAAAAACGGCUGUGUUGGAGCAGCUACUGUAUGCCAAUCACGUGGCAGGUUCUGAGCCCAUGGAGACCUUGGAGGACAUUUACAUUGGCUCUAUAGAGACAGACCGUGGCACACGAGAACAAGUGCGCUUCUAUGACACCCGGGGCCUCCGUGAUGGGAUGGAGUUCCCGCGGCACUACUACUCCUUCGCCGACGGCUUCGUGCUGGUGUACAGCAUCGACAGCAAAGAGUCCUUUAAACGCAUGGAGGCCCUCAAGAAAGAUAUCGACAGGCAGAGGGACAAGAAAGAGGUGACCAUCGUUGUCCUCGGCAACAAGCUGGACCGGGACGGUGAGAGGAAGGUGGAGCACAACACGGCCCAGAACUGGGCCAAGGCCGAGAGGGUGCGCCUGUGGGAGGUUUCAGUGGUGGACCGCCAUUCGCUGAUCGAGCCCUUCGUCUACCUGGCCAGCAAGAUGACGCAGCCCCAGAGCAAGUCCACUUUCCCCCUGAGUCGCAACAAGAACAAGAGCAGCGGCUCCGUGGACAGCUGAGGGGCCAGGGGUGGGUGGUUCCUGAGGAGGGAGUACAGACCACUGGAUUCAUCUGGGGGGGGGGGGGGGG